AUUUCUCAUGACGGUGCGGACGUGUGAGAGUUGGGGCCAGUCACGUGCUCGGCGGCCACUCGAAUACGCGAGAUGAGUAAAACUCACAGCCGUGGGACUCAAUUUGGGUGCUAUAGCGAAAGUGUACGGCUUUAGUUUUGAGGUUGAUUCGAUAUGUCAGGGCGUAAGACAAACCCCAGCUCGCAGUUACGCGACCGCGUCAGUUUCUUCGAGCAAUUGUCAGGUAGACAUUCACCUGACGAGCUUCUCGAGGAGACCACCUGCCCUUCGCGGUCUAGUACUUCCUCGUUCGAGGAGAGCUACGAUCGUCUGGUUGAAGAGGGCGAUUACGAGGGGGCAAAGGUGGUUAAGUUCGAAAGAAUCACUAUGAAGAAGAGCACACGAGAGGUUACAGCUCCGAGUUUGAGCUCGAGUCUGAAUGACGGCAACAGCACGUGGAAAAGGGUAUCGUGUCCGGAAAAAAGGACACGGACAUCGAACGAUGAGCGAACCUUCGAGGGCUCAACAUCUCAAAAUCAACGAAAAGGGGUCCGGGAGGAAAGCUUGGUCUUUAAAAGGGACGCGAGUCCUGUUGAUGAUAAACCGUCCCGGGAUUAUUACGCAGAGUACCUUAACCAGAACUGUCACAGAACUGUCAUUGGCAAGAUCGACUACGUCCGCAGCAAAAGUCAAUUUGAUGCACACAUCGCUCAAAUUAAAGAUGAACAAGAACGUGUACAAAAGAAAACUUUUAUCAAUUGGAUUAAUUCAUGCCUAUCUAAGCGUAUUCCGCCCCUUCGAGUCAAUGAUUUGAUAGAUGAUUUAAAGGAUGGAACACUGCUGCUUGCCUUAUUAGAAGUAUUAUCCGGAGAAAAAUUAGCAGUGGAAAAAGGCCGUAAUUUAAAAAGACCUCACUUUUUAAGCAACGUGAAUACAGCACUUCAAUUUUUGCAGAGUAAAAAAAUCAAAUUAGUAAAUAUCAAUUCUUCUGACUUGGUUGACGGGCGACCACCUGUAGUCUUGGGUUUGAUUUGGACUAUUAUUUUAUAUUUUCAGAUUGAAGAAAAUGCUCGAGCUUUAGAAUACCUCGGCCAUACAUGGGGUAGUCAAAGUAGUCUUGAAAGUAUUGGAACUCAGGGAUCAGCGGCAAGCGAGAGGAGACGCCAUAAUAGCGAGAAGUGGAAGCAGGGAGCUCGCAAAACUUUAUUACAAUGGGUUACCAAUGCCUUACCAAAGGAUUUGGGAAUAGAGGUACGAGAUUUCGGGGAAAGCUGGCGAGAUGGAAAUGCAUUCUUGGGUAUUAUCGAUGCUAUAAAAAAAAACUUAGUAAAUGUCCCAGCGAUGAGAAAAAUGACAAACAGGGUUCGACUUGAAACUGCCUUCGACGUUGCUGAAAAUGAAUUAGGUAUAGCUCGUCUUUUGGAUCCGGAGGACGUAGAUGUACCUCAACCUGACGAGAAGUGUAUCAUGACGUACGUUGCUCAAUUCCUUCACAAGUAUCCCGAGCCAAAAGGCAUAGAAUCCGAUACCUUUUUAUCCGUAUACGGAGAGUAUGAACAUCUAUUGCAAUGGGUCACUGAAAAAAUAGAACACUUCGAUCAAUUAGAUAGAAGUGGUGCAUUUUCUCAAAAUUAUGAAGAUUACCUUAAGUUUAAAGAAGAAAUGGAUGACAAAUCGGAGAUUUACUACAAAAUUCAAAAUUUAAUCGAUGUUGCAAGUGUAACGAAUAUACCUCAAGAAGUUUGGAAACAUAUACAGAAUUUAUGGAAGAUGUUGCAAAUGUUUAUUUUAAGAUGGCUGUGGUCACUUGAUUCAUCAUUAUUUGGUGAAUUAGGUGAAGUUGGAAGAUGGCUUGCUCACGGUGAAUCUCUCUUGCACUCUGACGACGAUAUACCCGAAGAGAUGACAGAAGCCACUGCGAGCAUAAUUUCUCAAAAGCUCGAAAUGCACAAAAAGUUCUUUGCCGACCAUUCUCGUAUUCUUGAAAAAUUCAAUCAUGCGCAAUCAUGUUUAUUACUAACGAAACAAGUAUCAAAUGAACAAUUAACAAAUAUCCUACUUAGAUUAGAAAGUCUUCCAUCUUGUGCGGCGAAGAGACGAAUACAAUUAAAAUUCCUUGAACAUAAAUGUUGUCUUGUGGCCUUUCUUUAUCUUGUAGAAAUGAAGCUUAAAAAUUGGAGUAUAAAAUAUGGUAGUGAAGAUGAAGUUCAGCAUAUGUUAGAACAGUAUAAGAAGUUUAUUUCGAAAAAUCGGAUUUUCCACGAAUUUCAAAAGGCUUAUUUAGAUAUGCAACAAGUUGCUGAAGACUAUAAAAAGGAAGGUGAUAUUGAUUACGAAGAAUGUAUGAGCGUUGAUAGAUUUGUGAGAGAAACUGGAGAUAAAUGGAAAUAUAUUUCGAUAGAUUUACGUUGUGUACAGAGUAUGCUCGAAGAAGUUGUUACUGCUUGGCAAAAAUGGUCUGCAUUAUCGAAAGAAUUUGAAACGUGGUUAAUUGAAGCAGAGCCAACCCUCAGUCUCCCAGAGGAACAUAAAAUGGAAUUUUUUCAAGAUAUUUCCGUUUGGAAAGAUAAAUAUCAACAACUUUCAGAUAUUGUCAAAUUAUUAAUUGCAACUUCGGAAGACGAGGUUGCUUCAAGUUUAAAAAAAUGUUACGGUAAUUUAAGUAUAAGAUGGGAACGACUUUUUCAAGAAACUAAACAAUACAUGCAUGCUGGCGAUCUUCUUCGAAAUUGGAAAGAUUAUCGAUCUGGCAUAGAAAAUCUUCAAAAGUGGUUAAAGAGUGUUGAAACUGUACUUUCAACAUCACAAUUGACAUCUACAGAAAAAAUAAAAGCUUAUGGUGAUCGCCUUAAAAACUUCAACAAAGAGAUCGAAGGAAUCGAAGAACUUUUUAAAGAUGUUAGUAAAAAGUUUCAAACACUGAUUCAAGAUUUAUCUCGAGAAGAGGUUGAUAAAAUGAUGAAUACAUUAAAAAAAGAAAAAGAAACUUUAGUUAGAGUUCGAGCAUCGAUUCCUAUGCAAUUACAUUUAUAUCAUCAAAUAUUAGUCCAACAAGAAUCCUUAGAAGCUGGGCAGCGUGAAAUAUCAAUGUGGUUAGACGAUGCAGAGCAAUUACUCAAUAACUAUAAUUUAUCUGGUGGUCGAGACUUAGCUCUUUUACAAUUAGAAAGACACAAGGCAUUUUUCUCCAGAAAGCUAUACUACAAGUCAAUGCUCGAAUCAAAAAAUAAAGUUGUUAGUAAUAUUGUUAAAUUUGUCGAUGCGCAUAAGAAGAUUGAUAAAACUGAAAGUAGUUCCAUGCUUAGUGAUUUAAAUGAACGUUUUUCUAAAGUUUCUCAAUUAGCUCAAAUAUGGGAACAGCGUUUAGAAGAAGCUGUACGUUGCUGGUCGAAAUUUCGAGAUUGCGAAAGACAAAUAUCUGAAUGGCUUUCGGCGGCAGAAGCUCUUAUUAAUGACAAAAAUAUAGAUAAUCGUCAAUCUGUCGAAUAUCAUAAAAACUUUUUUGAAAAAGUAAAUGAUAGAUGGAUUCACGAUCUCGUUAACGUAGCCCAGGAUUUAAGAAAUGCUUUGCCUCUAGAACAUCAAACAUCAUUAAAUGAAACUAUUCAUUCACUACAAAAUAGAUGGAAGAAUGUCUUAUCAUUUGCUCCACUACAUUUAAUGAAACUUGAAUUUCGACUUGAUGAAAUAACAUUCUCCCAAUAUGUAAAAGAAAUAGAAAUAGAGAUUAAUAAUGAACAGCAGGCAAUGAUGAAGAACGAAGAUUUUGGGCGUAUUUUAUUGAGGAAUAAAGAGUUUUUUGUAAAUCGUGAGAUAUUAAUUAAAGCUGAACGUUCAUUGCAAACACUGAAGAAGACUAGUACAGCUUAUUCGACUAUUCAGUCGGAUGAUACAAGCUUGAGCGAAAUGGUGCACAAUGCCGAGGGUCGUUGGGAGCAAACUACUAUGAAAAUUGAAGCCCUUCGAGAGCAAUUACGUCAGGUUCCACAACAAUGGGCAGCUUAUAAAGAAAGAUUUGAUGAAAUGGUAAUAUGGAUGAAUCAUGUCGAUGAUACUUUAAGAGCAACGUUGCACGAGGUAUCUUCUCUAGAAGAAUUCGAGAAAGAAAAAUCAAUUUUUCAGAAAGUAUGCCAAGAAGCUGAUAAUAAACGUGAAGAAAUGAAGUGGUUGGUUCAAACAUUAGAUAGUUUAAUAUCUAAUCGUUGUGAUCAGGAAGCUACUGCAGAGCAAACUAAACUUGAACAACUUAUUACUCGCUAUAAAAAUCUUAUACCAACCAUAGAAAUAACAAUGACUAAAACAGAUAUUUAUUCAAAGAGUUACACAUAUAGAAAGGAAGUACGUGAAGUUUGUACACUUCUUCAUAAAGUUCGCGAUCAAACUACUGAAGUAUCUGGCUUAGAAAGUCUUGAAAGCUUAAGAAAAGCUUUAAGACAUCAAGAAAAUUGCUUGAAUCAACUUGAGCAACAACGAGCAAAUAUAGUUAGUAUGUUACAACGUGGAAAAGAUCUUCUUAAAGAUCAAUAUACGCCAAACUUUGUCUCUUCCGAAGUACAACAAUUGGAAAUUAAUUGGAAUGAAACAUACGGUCAAAAUAUUGAAAUUUUGAAUACAUUGAAAAAUUCACAAAAACUAUGGAAUACAUAUGAUGAGCAAAAAAAUGAAAUUUUCAAAUUGAUUGCACAAGCUGAAGAUGAUCUUAGGCAAUUAGAAUCAGCUACUUAUUAUAAUUCUUCUCAAGUUUCUGCCGAUUUACAACACCAACAAGAACUUAGCUCAUUUAUUCGUAAAAGUGCAGUAAAUAUGGUGAAAAAUUUACAUCAAACAUAUUUAAAUAUGGUUAAAAUUACUGUUCCUGAAAUUGAAAGUGAAUUAAAAGAAGAAAUAUCAAUUGCAGAAGAGAAAGUUCACGAUUUAUUAGAGAGAGUAGAACAACGAGUUGAAGAAUUACAGGAUUUACAAUCACAGUGGACAAAUUUCCAAUCAAAAAUUGGAGAAUUAUAUAACUGGACGUCUCAAAUCGUACCACAAUCUAUAGUAGACAUUAAGGCUCUGACAAUGUCACCAGAAGAAAGAGUAUCUAAAAUAGAAAUUUUAUAUAAUCAGGUUCAUGAAAAAAUAACGACAAUAAAAGAAAUUGAAGAAGAAUCGAACAUUCUUAUAAAAGAGAAUGAUAAGAAACCAGAAGCCCAACAUUUAUCUGCUAAUAUCAAGAAUUUGAAAUCAUCUGUCAGUUCAUUGAAUGAAAAUAUCACUGAUCAGCGUGAAAAAGCUUUUCGUUAUCUAUCAGUGUGGAAAGAGUAUGAAAAUGAAAUUAAAAAAUUAAAACCAUGGAUUGAAAAGUCUGAAACUGAAGUGGCAACGUUUGUUACGAAGCCAGCGACUAUCGAGCAAGCAACACAAAUGCUUAAUACUACGCGAGUUUUCGAACAGCAAUGCUCUAGGCAUUUACCAAGACUUGAAAAUUUGAUACGAAUUAGCCAUCAACUUGGCAAUCGAACUAGCGCACCCGAUGAAGUUGAUGCAAUACAUAGUCAAUGGAAUUCUGUGCAUGAUACAGCUGUUCAAAAUAAAACAAAAUUAGAGAAACUCAUAUCGUCUUGGAAUACGUUUGAGAACGAUAUUAAUGAAUUUCAUGAUUGGGUGGAAAUGUCUGAGAGAUCAAUUUUAAAUGAAGUCAAUACUCAAUCACUGGAUAUCUAUAAAUUAGAAAAGGAAUUAGGUCAUUUGAAGGAUCUUAAUAAGGAAAUAUCCAAUAAACAAGUUCAAUUGAUUACACUAACUCAAGUUUGCGAUCAAAUAAGUCAUGGGUUAUCAAUUGAAGGGGCCACUACAUUAAAAGGUCGCAUUGUUGAACUGAAAACACGCGUUAACAAGCUUGCUGACUCUGUCCGGCAUAAUAUUAAUAGUACUUCUGACGCCGUUUUAGCUGGAAAUGAAUUUCAAAUGAGGGUUUCCGAUUUUGAAAAUUGGAUGAGUCGUUUACGUGAAAAUACUGCAGAAAUAAGCGAUGUACAUAUUGAUAAUGUAGAUUUUAAUUUACAAACCGUUCAUGCUUAUCUCCAAGAGUAUUCUGAAAAACAGUCAAACUUUGCAACAAUAUAUGAAGAAGUAAAGUCUCUUUGUACUCAGGGAUUACCCGAGGAAGCUGUGAAUCUUGAUAAAAUGUAUACAUCACUUGCUGUUAAGUAUAAAGGAUUGGAAGAUAAUUUACAAUUAAAGAAAAAAGGUUUAGAAAAAUGGACCGAACUUUUAAAUUGGAGCCAUGAAGCAAUUGCUCAAUUGAAUCACUAUAAAUACGAAGCGGAAGCACGAAAAUCAACAGUUGAUGAUUGCGAGAGACUUUCGAAUGAGCUUAAAAAUGUUCAAAAUAAAAUUAAUAUUUGGAAAGAGCAAAUACCAGUUAUUGAUAAUGCAUUAGGUAUUCAAAUACGCGAUAAGCAAGGAAAGCCUUUAACGGCUGCGUUGCUCAUAAAUAAUUUAGAAACUCAAAUUGUUUCUUUAGAAAGUACCUUAAUGUCAAAACGUGAGAAACUUGAAAACCUUAGUACGAGAUGGGAUAAUUUUAGAAAAUUGCAGGAAAAGCUGACGGAAAUUAUUAUUGGAACACAAACAGCUUUACAAGAUGUAACAUACAAUGUUAAUACCUGCGAAAAACUUGCGCCAGCUAUUGAGAAAAUUUCUAGCUUAAUUGAGGAGCAUCAAGAAUUAUUAUUAGAAAAAGAAACUUUACAUCAAGAAGGUUCUGAAUUAUUGAAGGAAGAUCAACAAUCUAUGACAAAUAUACAAGUUGCCUUAGCUUCUGUCGAUUCUAAUUGGGAAAAAGUUUACGAGCUUUUGCAGGAACAAAUGAAAAAAUAUACUGGCAUUCAAGCAGACAUACCGAAUGAUAUUACGGAAGCUACAUUUGCUAUUGAAAAGUAUAGAAAAUCAUUUGAAACGUUAAAGAAAGGAAAACCAUAUUUCGACAAAAUGGAUUCUAAAACACAACAAAUUAUAAAAGAAGCUUCCUUAAUGACUAGUUUCCAUAUUGAUUCUAUCGAAUUAAAUGUCGAAGCUGUUCAUAAAAAAUAUCAAGAUACGUAUUCCCAUAUUAUGGAAAAAGUUCAAUUAUACGAAACCCAAGCAAUAAUUUGGAAACAAAUAGAUGAGGCAAAACAUGAUCUAACAAGUUGGUUAAAUGGUACUAAUGAAUAUCUCAAGGUAGCUAUCGAAUGUUUCAUAGACGCUGACAAUAGUAAAGCAAGAUUGCUGAAAUUUCGAGAAGAACUACCAAUAUAUGAGUUACUGCAACAAGGAAUCUUAUCUAAAACUGCACAACUUGUAAAGCUCAAUCAUGGAGUUACUAUACCAACACUAACAUCGUUGAAUAAUCUUUUAGAUGAACAAUUCAAGCUAGUUCAUAAAUCGGCAGAUACAUUAGAAAAAUUGACAUCUAGCUUUGCAGAUAAAGAAAUAAAUAUACGUCAAAAUUUGAAACAGUCGAGUGAUUUGAUAUCUAAUAUUCGCGAAGAAAUUAUAAAAUGUGACGAUCUUACUGGACAAAAAAAGGCAAAUGAGCAACUUUCAGAAUUAUCUGUAGAAUAUCCGUCGAUAUUAAAAUCAAGUUUACCUAAAGAAUUGCAAUCAUUGCAAGUACGACGAGAUACGAUUGCUAGUCAUGCUGACAAAGUAAAUGCAACUCUUACUGCCUUUUUAAUGAAAUCUUAUCGUGAAAAAUUCAAUGCCUUACAACGAAUAGUUACGACAAAUAAAGAAAAAGUCAUGUGGUGUGAGCCUGAGCAGAGCAGUGACAGGUAUAAUUUGGAAGUAAAGUUGGCUUCGUUAAAAGAUGUCCAGGCAGAUAUCAAUGACUGUGAUGUAAAAAAACAUGAAACAGACAUGUCAUUGUCACUAUUGGAAAAAGUUGAAAGUCCAGAGACAUUGAAAGUACUUCGAGCCGAACGUGAUAGAAUUCAUAUAGAUUUGGAAGCCCUUAAAUUGUGCUAUAUAAAUAUUGAAAAAAUUCUUGAAAAAAAUAUUUUUACCUGGCAAAAGUAUGAAGCUAUGUCAGAUAGUACUCUAUCUUGGUUAAAAAUAGCUGAAAAUAAAGUAAGAGUAGAAAGUUCGGUACUUUUAAUUCCAUAUGAAAUUGAAAAUAAAUAUAAAGAACUUAGCGAGUUUAAAAAAUCAUUCUUAGAAAAUAAAUCGGAAAUCUUACAACUAAUAGCAUUCAGUAAAGAAAUUACAGAUGUCAAUCCAGAUUCUCGGGUUGAACAAUAUGUUAAUCAUUUAUACGCUAGAUACGAAGCGGUUGAAAAAUUUAUAGGACAGAAUCUUGACAAAUUGAAGCAAUUGAAAAGAAACAGGAAUGAAUACGAAGAAAAUGUAAAACAAUUAGAUUCUUGGAUUGUUGUAGCUGAGGAAAAGUUGAAAAUCUAUGAAGGUAGUACGGGUCCGAAACCGAUAACGUUUUACGAAGUGAGACUUAAAGAGUUGAAAUUAUUUGGAGAGGAGCGUGAAAAGGGCCAAAUUCUUUUUAAUAGCACUGCCGAAGCUGGAGAGGCUCUGUAUUCAAAAAUUAAUUUGGACGAUAGAGAGACAAUAAGAUCAGAGUUAAAAAAUCUUCGAAGCCGAUUGGAUUCUUUAACAGAUAAGGCAAAUGUCAUAUAUAAAAAAAUUGAAAGCGACAUGAUGCAUAGAUCAUCUUUCGAAGAUAAAUUCUCACAAGUUAAGCAAUGGGUAAUAGAUACACAAGCUAAAUUAGGUAAUAAACAAGAAUUAUUUUCAACUCUGCAAGAAAAAAAAUUGGCAUUUCAUUCGUAUAGAACAAUUGCUCAAGAUGUGAAUGCUCAUAAGCACAUUUUGCAACAAUUACAAGAACGAUUGGGAACAAUCCCAGAUGACGAGUCUAAUUCAAUGCUCAAUAACGUGAUAGAAUCUUAUGAAAAAUUGUCCGAGGAUCUCGUGGGUAGAAUUAAUGUUGCAGAAAAGCAUGUAGCCAAUCACGAAGCUUAUCAACAAACAUUUGAGAAAAUGCGGGACUGGAUAAAUUCAAUUGUUAACGAAACCUCGGCGUUACUCGACGAUCGCGUUAUUGAGCGUGAAACAGCGAAAUCGAGUAUCGGUUUGAUAGAAAAUGUUUUGAAACAAAAAAAUCAAGGGGAUAAAAUUAUUAACGAAUGUAAUCAACAAUUGAACAUUAUUUUGGAACAGACAGCGAUCUCUGGUCAUCGGAAUCUGAAUCAGGCUUUUGAAGAACAAAAGAAAAUUUGGUACGAGUUUUUGGCACGAUGUGCUACGUUUAGAGAGAAACUUAAUCGCUUCUUUGACGAAUGGUCAGAAUUUCAAAAGAUCGUAGAAGAACUUGAAAAUUGGAUGAAAAAUAUGGAAUCACAAGUUAAAGAUCAAAGCUUAAAAAGUACAGAAGAGCUUAAGGCUUCUCAUCUUGAGAAAUUGAAGUUGUUAGAACAGGAAAUAAUUGAAAAAGCUUAUGAAAUUAAUUCGGCAACAGAAAAAAGUCAAAAUAUCGAAGCUGAAUCUGAAUUAGUCACGAGGAUAUCAAAACAAUCUACAAAGUAUCAAGCUCUCAAAAAUCAAGCUCGAGAAACUGUGUGCCGAUACGAACAAUUCGUUAAAGAACAUAGCACUUUCAACCAAUGUUACAAUAAUUUCAUUAAUUGUAUUAAAAAAUUGAAUACUGAAUUAAAACAGCAUUGUGAAAUUGUUGGCGAUCUCACUGUGCUACAGCAACGACAGAAAGUCAUAAGAAAUCUCGGCGAUACGCGCACAAAAGAAAAUCCCAAAUUUGAGUCAGUAAUUGAGCUCGGCGAAAGACUUUAUACACACACAUCACCGGAUGGCCGAGAAAUUGUUCGUCAGCAAUUGAGAAAUUUGCGUACAUUGUGGGAUACCUUUUCAGAUGAUUUGCAGACAACCGCGCAAAAAUUAGAUCAGUGUUUGACGCAAUUCGCUGAAUUUUCUUCAUCGCAAGAACAAUUAUCCGCAUGGUUACGCGAUGUAGAGCAUGCAAUGCAUCAACACACCGAAUUGAAGUCAACGUUAGAAGAAAAACGAGCUCAAUUGCAGAAUCAUAAAAUAAUGCAUCAAGAAAUAAUGUCUCAUCAUGCCCUCGUCGAAUCCGUAUGUGAGAAAGCUCGACAAUUAGUCGAUCAAACGAAAGAUACUUCUUUAAAUAUUUAUUUACAGUCCAUCAAACAGCUAUUCAAUAAUAUAGUUUCUAAAUCGCGUGAUUUAUUAAAUAAUCUUGAAGAUUGUGCUGACAAGCAUAACAAAUUUAACGUCCAAUGUAAAGCCUUUACCGAUUGGCUUCAAGGAGAGAAAGAAAAACUUUUAGAAUGUAAUGAUUUGACCGGUGAAAGAACCGAUAUUUCUAGAAGGUUAAUGACAUUAUCAAUUCUCAAAGAUGGACGAAAUCAAGGUUUCGAUUUUAUAAAGAAACUAAAGGAAUUUGCUACAAUUAUUUUAAAAAAUACAGCUCCCAAAGGUCAAGGAAUAAUAAAAAAUGAAAUUACUAACAUUGAAAUGAGUUUAGCACAACAUUUGAAAGAUAUUGAAUCUGUGGAGGCUAAGCAGAAUAAUAUAUUAAAAGAAUGGUUAGAGUUUGAAGAGCCAUUAGAAUCAUAUAUGAAGUGGUUUCGUUCGAUGGAGGCUGCCUUUAGAGAUCAACAACUACAGCCAGCAUUAAAAGAAAAGCAAUCGCGCUACGCAUCAUUUAAAGAAAAGCGUGAAUUAAUUUUGAACAAAGAAAAUGAAAUCGAUCAAUUCGUUGAUAGAUCGCAUGCGCUUCUCAACUCAAGUGGCGUUGAAAGAAUUAAGCCAUUAAUAUCGCAAAUAAGCAAUAGAUAUACAUCACUUUUAUCUCUUAGUAAAGAUGUCAUUAAUCGAUGUGAAGCUAUUGUCGACGACCAUAUAUCUUACGACGAGAAAUUAUCCAAUGUCGAUUCGUGGCUGACUUCAUUAGAACAACAUCUUAUUGCUUUGAGAACUGAAGAAACGAUAGAGAGUCCCGAAGUAAAGAAUUCUAAAUUGCAGUUACUCGUGAGUGAGCGAGAACAAGGAAAUCAUCGUUUGGCAGCACUUGGAGUAGCAGGGGAUCGAAUUUUACCCGACACUUCAGCACAAGGUCGUGAAAUUAUUAGACAACAAAUUAGACGUAUUCGUGAAAGGUGGGACAGUUUUGCAGAAGCAAUUUCUGAACAACAAAAAAAGCAGGGUUUACAGUCACUGCAGUGGUCAAGCUAUCAAGAAACUCUUCAACAAAUUCUUACUUGGCUUGAUAAUAUUGAACGUAAUGUAAAACAUGAAACGUCAACCAUCCCAUCUUCUCUUCAAGAGAUAAGAUCAAAGCUGCUAAAAUGCAAGACUACACAUCAAGAAAUACUUGCUCACAAACGAAUCAUUGAAGGCGUUUCGGAAAAGGCAAAUUCAUUGACCCAGAUUUCUCAAGCCCCGAUUGAUAUUCAAAAUAAAGUCAAGUCCGUUUGCCAAAGAUAUGAGAAAUUAUUAGAAACUUCCUUAAAAGAAUUAACGAACAUAGAGGCCGUAGCGGACAUUUUUCAGCAGUUCCACGACUUGGAGAAAACGAAACAAAGCAGCUUUACAAGCUCGACUCUCAAGAAUUAUUGA